AUGAUUAUGAAGAUGUUGAUGUUGUUGAUGUGUCUUCAAUUCGCCAUGGUGGACUCGUGUAAUGUUCGACCAGAAGGAACAUGUGAAGUUGGGUGGAUGAAAUUCAGUCGAAAGUAUGUUGAGUGGUGUGUCAAAUUUGUCUAUGAAAAAAACAUAAAUAAAACAAGGGCUGAAAGUAUCUGUGCUGGUUUCGGAGCUGAGUUAUCAUCCAUUGAAAAUACGGAUAUGAGCCAUGAGUUCACAUCGGCAAUGUCGGAAUAUGGAGGGACCGGAUGGGGUGCUUGGAUCGGAAUAGCUGACGCUUGUGUGAAGUUAUCUGGAUGUGGUAGUGGAUGGUACUAUUGGAUUCUCUUACCCGAAUGA